UUUCGAAUUUUUGAAUCAUGGCGUCCUUAAAGUCCGUCUCGUCAGUUCUUAGACGAGCUGUCCAUCAGUGUCAGAGAGGAUGGAGCCAAAGAUUGUACAGCAUGUCAACAACUGGUCACAAAGUUCCAUCUUCAUAUGGAGGUGAACAAAGAAAUUUGCCAGUUGACUUCUUGUCUGAUGAAGAAAAGAUGAUGAAGGAAACAGUGGCUAAAAUGGCAGCAGAAAAGAUCCAACCUUUGGUCAGACAGAUGGAUGCAGACAGUCAGUUGGCCCCAUCAGUGCUACAAGCUUUAUUUGAUAAUGGGCUGAUGGGUAUAGAAGUUGACACAGAGUAUGGAGGCACUGGUUCAACAUUUUUUAUAGCCAAUCUGAUUAUAGAGGAGUUAGCUAAAGUGGAUGCCUCAGUCAGCGUAUUAGUAGAUGUACAUAAUACAUUGAUAAACAACUUAAUACAAAAAUUAGGAACUCAGGAACAGAAAAACAAAUAUCUUCCUCGACUUGCAACUGACACUGUUGGUAGUUUUUGUUUGUCAGAGACAGAAUCAGGGUCUGAUGCUUUUGCAAUGAAAACCUCAGCAGUGAAAAAUGGAGAUUACUAUACAAUAAAUGGAACAAAGAUUUGGAUAACUAAUGCUGAACAUGCUGGCUUGUUUAUGGUGAUGGCUAAUGCUGACCCUACAAAGGGUUAUAAAGGAAUAACCACAUUUCUUGUAGACCGAGAUACUGAAGGUUUAUCACUUGGUAAGAAGGAAGACAAACUUGGUAUAAGAGCAAGUAGCACAUGUCCUGUUCAUUUUGACAAUGUUAAGGUUCCUGCCAGUAAUGUUUUAGGACAGGUUGGAAUGGGAUACAGAUAUGCUAUUGAGAUAUUAAAUGAAGGAAGAAUUGGCAUUGCAUCUCAGAUGUUAGGGCUUGCAGAAGGAUGCUUCAAUAACACUGUUCCAUACACUAAAGAGAGGAAACAGUUUGGUAGAAGAAUUUGGGACUUUCAGGCAAUGCAGCAUCAGAUAGCUCAUGUUGCAACUCAGAUUGAGGCUUGUCGUCUGCUGGUAUACAAUGCUGCAAGAAGGAAAGAAGCAGGAGAACCAUUUGUAAAGGAAGCAGCAAUGGCAAAACUUUAUGCUUCAGAGGUUGCCUCCUUAACGACAACAAAGUGUAUUGAGUGGAUGGGUGGUGUUGGAUUUACAAAAGAUUACCCCAUAGAAAAAUAUUACAGAGACUGUAAAAUAGGGACUAUAUAUGAAGGAACGUCAAACAUUCAGUUGAACACUAUUGCUAAAUGUAUCGAAGCUGAAUCUUGAUGGGAUGGGGAACAUUUGAAUUUGCCAUCAGAUUUGCAUCAUGACAUGGCAUUACAGUGAUUAUGUGUAACAGAAAAAAGACUGUGUUGCAUUUUAUCUGUGACUGAAUCUCUUAAAUAAAGUAAAACUGUGAUAUGUAUGUUUGUGUAUAAUGCUACAGUAAAUCUAUUUCAUGGUGUGCAAAAAACAAUAAAGUGUUUGCUUGUUUUAUUUGUUGACUGUGAAAUCAGUAUAAUAUUUGUUUAAUAGCCAUUGAAAGGGAAUAGUUGUUAUUAUGUGUUAAUCAAAUCAUGGAACAAGUAACCAAAAGGAUGAAUGACCAAUUUGGUUCAAUAUUUACAAUAUCUAUUAAAUUCUAAUGAUGAUUUCAAGUAAGCUUACUUAUAUUUCAUUUAUAUACAAAAUACUCUAGAUUUUUAGAAGUAAAUGCAUUUAUAUGUAGAACUCAUUAUUUGAACAAUAAUGUGAAUUAUAAUUUUCUCAGGCUCUUCAAUGCAUUUAGAAUAUGUAUUUCAAUUGUUGUAGAACUGAAGAUAAAAUUUUACUAUUCAAAGAUGAGAUAGAUUUAAGUUAAAUGAUAACCUUGUAUUUAUUAAAAUUGCAACAAUAUAUCUCAGGAAAAGAAUUUGUAACAAACAUAUGAAGUAUAACUCCAUGUGAUGAACCAACGCCGUUGUGUUUACAUUCUAUAGAGUCUCCUUAGUAAGCAGGGUUGUCAAUAUAUGAAAUAGUUUAAAUCAUGACAUGGCAUUACAGUGAUUAUGUGUAACACAUUUCUAGUCAAAUUUCAAUUGUCUAAUGUUAAAUUAAUGGGUAUUAUUUUUACUAUUUAUUUGUAGAAUUUGUUACCAGACACAUGAUUAAAGCAUUCACAUUUUUAUGGAUUUUUAAGUAAAUUGAUGUCAAUUUCAUCUACUGAUAGAGGUUUGAGCCAUUAAACAGAAAAACUAAAGAGAAAUUGUUGUUAACAAAAUACAUUUACUUGAUCAAAAUAUGAAGAAGAUAUUUCCCAAAAAAUGAAAAUUCCUAAAACAACAUCAUUGAUUACCAAGGUCUUCUAAAUGACAGAAAACUAGCAUUUUCUUGGAUAUUUGAUUUCGUGGUUGACAAAGUCUGCAUACAUUCCUUUAGAAAAUUUCUAAUUUGUUGAAGAUUUUAAUUCGUGGUUCCUCUGUACCCAUGAAAAUUGGUCUCCGAUAAAUAAUAAUGAAUCCAAAGUAAUUAAAACAGUUAAAUGAACAUUUUGGAUGUUUAAAAAUUGUUAGUAAUUUGAAAAGGGUUGAGUUAAAUUUGUAAAUACUAUUGAUCUGAAGUUCUGUCUUAGUAGAAUCUAAAGACAUGUUUUAAUCAAAGAAAAAAGUGAGUAAAUAUGUAAAAAAUACAACAAAUAAAAGAAGUUAAUGUUUAAUUAUCAAGUUGACUUUGAUUCAAAUCAUGCAUUAAUAUUUUAACUGGUGAUUUAAAUAUUUAUUUUUUUUCUAACUAUAUUUUUCUGAUUAUUUUUUUUCUCUGUCAGAUUUGAGUUAUGGUAAUUAAAUGUACUGUAUUUAUUGUAGGGAAAAUAAGGCAUUUUUUAAUGGCAACAACAGAAACCAUUCAUGUUUAAUUUGUUCUCAGCAACUGGUGAUUUUGAUUUUAAUUUUUUUAAUAUUCAUUCAAAAAAUUGUUUAAGAGAUGUUUUUAUCCAUAUUACUAAAUUUAGAGGUUUAGCUACUAUAAAAUUAUGUUUUAUCCACCAUUUUCUUCAUAAUGAAAUGCCUGUACCAAGUCAGGAAUAUGACAGUUGUUUUCCAUUCAUUUGAUGUGUUUGAGCUUUUGAUUUUGCCAUUUUAUAAGGGACUUUCCGUUUUUGAAUUUUCCUUGGAGUUCUGUAUUUUUGUUAUUUUACUUUUUUUACAGCUUGUUUAAGGUAUAAACCUUAUCCUAUACUUUUCUGGGUUCCACUGGAACAAUUUUGGUUUUAAUAUCGAUGUUUUUUUAUAAUUUCUUGACAUAAGUAGAAAUGAAUUCACCACUUGAAUGAAAAAUAAUUUCUGUUGUAAUAAUAUGUUAUUGUGUGUGUGAAUUUUUAAUGUUGUUAGAUAUUUUUUUCCCGCUGAAUCAUGUAUUUGACAAAAAAUAGAUAAAAGAGUACAAUGUAAUAA